GGGGAAAGCAAGUUGGCGAGAGAACCUCACCGAUUUACGUUUCUCACCAUGACUAUUGCGCUGGCUGCUUUUCCGCCGCAGCGGAGGGGAUCGGUAUUCACUCACAGAAGGAAGAAACACACACACCUCUGAGGCAAACCGGAGAGAGAGCAUUACCGGGAAUUUCCUUCUGUUCCAUUAUUCAUUUGGAUCCUGAUAGCUGGUGGAAGUUGUCUCGUGGGGAUUAUGAUGGCUUCGGGUGCCGGUAAAGCCCCGCAGCCCCCCGGGCCAGGCUCCGGUAGCCUUAACGGGACUGCAGCAGACUUACCGAACAUAGAGCAGGAGCUGUAUGACUAUCAGAUGCAUGGCAAGAUGUGCAAGAAGAUAGCUCAGCUAACCAAGGUGAUCUAUUCUCUGAACACUAAGAACGAAGAGCAGGAGGCGGCCCUUCAGGCUGUCAGCCACGCCCACCAGGAAGAGCUGAGGCGGGUUCAGGUAGACUUUGAGAGCUACCGUGUCCAGGCGGAGGAGAGGGAUCGUGGGGUAGAGGCAGAGCUAAGGAGGGACUAUGAGGAAAAGCUCCAGGCUCUGGGGCUGGAGAGACAGGAGACCCAGGCCCAACUCAACACGGCCCACGACGAGAGUCUCCGACUGGGGAGAGAGCUGGAGACGGCUGGGAGGCUGCGCAGUGCCUGGGGGUUCAAUGAGGAGGCGCGCAGGGAGGAGAGACGGCAGUGGGAGCAGAGAGAGGAGGAGGAGAAGAGAGGGAUGAGUACAGUACUGAGAGAGAGAGUGAGGAAGGCGGAGGGAGAGAUGGAGGGCAGUCUGCAGCGACUCAACGAGAGCAAGAGACACGCUGCCAAACUACAAGACAGAAUACAGGACCUGGAGGAGGAGUUGGAGUCGGGGAGGAGGCGUGUCUCGGGGGCAGAGGGUGGGGCUAAGAGGGCAUGGGAGGAGUUAGUCGUGGCCAAAGAGAGACUACUGCUGCAGGAGGAGGAGCUGCAGAGCAAAUCAGAGGAGCUGCUGAGUCGUGGUGUGUGUGAGGGGUGUGUGUGUGUGAACGUGGAGGAGUUGAAAGGUCAGGUGAACAAACUGCAGAGCAGGAACAGAGAGCUGGAGUUGCAGAGCAGUGGGAGAAACAACGACUACGCUAGACAGCAUGCGGAGGCCCUGGCUAGUCUGCGUUCUGAGAUGGUGAGGGCUCAGUCAGAGGAACUCCGGAGAGAACGGAAACACGCAGAGGUGGAAAAGGAACAAAUGCAGAAAGAGAUGGAGGAAGAGAAAGACAGACUGCAGAAAGAGAGAGAAGAAGAGAGAGAACGCCUGCAGAAUGAGAUAGAAGAAGAGAGAGACAGACUGCAGAAAGAGAGAAGAGAGAGUCUGAACCGGGAGAAGAAGAGAUUGAAGGAGCAGGCGGACGAGGAAAGGAGGAGAUUGAAGGAGCAGGCAGACGAGGAAAGGAGGAGAUUGAAGGAGCAGGCGGACGAGGAAAGGAGAAGAUUGAAGGAGCAGGUGAAGAAGGCGAUAGAAGAGGUGAUGAGGAAACAUGCAGCUGAGCUCCACAACGCCCAGGAAGCACUGAGGACAAACCAAGAGGAGGACAGGAGGAGUGGUGAAGAAGUGUGUCGAAGGCUGGAGACUGAGAGGGCGGAGCUUAGAGACCAGCUGCAGCAGGCAACCAAUCAGGAGAUGGAGCGACAGAGAGAGAGUUACCAGAGGGAGACGACAGGUCUGAGAACAGACAAACAGAGACUGGAGGAGAAGGUUCUAGAGCUCAACCAACAGACCCAAGAGAACACAGACAGAAACGUUCUAGAACACAACCAAGAGAACACAGACAGAAACGUUCUAGAACACAACCAAGAGAACACAGACAGAAACGUUCUAGAACACAACCAAGAGAACACUGACGAGAGAAUCCGGUCAGAGUGUGAGGAGCGCCUGAGGGCGGAGCUUGAGGCGGAGCUUGAUGCGGCUGUUGCCAUGAGCAACCAGAGAGAGCAGGAGCUGCAGACUCAACUAGCCGAUCUCCAAUCACAGGUGGAGAGGAAGGCGGGUCCAGCAGAGGGUCACCAUGACGACAGCGAGAUUGACAGGCUGCGGUGGGAGGUGCAGGAGACCAGAGAUAUGAACCAGAGACUGAGAGAGCAGCUGCAGGAGGAACCAAAGAGACACUCUGAAGAACGACACUCGGCGGCGUUGCAGGCUCUGGAGAGACGAGCUCAGGAGGAACUGCAGACCGAGAGGAACAGACUACACACACUACACCUGUUACAGCUAGAUAAGCAGGGUACAGAGCUGAGCCAGCAGUACACAGAGUGGAGUAGACAGCUGACCCAGAGACACAUGAAACACAUCGAAGACCUGCAGACGGAACUACACACACACACAGAGAUGAUGGCCCUGCAACAGGACUUGAAGCAGCAGAAUCAGUACCAGGUGUUUGAGCGUCAGCUGGAUGAGAGUCGCUGUGCCGUUCUGGAACUACAGAGGGAAAACACUGUACUGAGGUCGGGAGAGGAGGCGAUGGGAAGAGAAAGAGAGCAGAAGGAGAGAGAGGAGGAAGCCCAACGACUGAGAGUGGAGGUGGACAGACUGAGAUUGGAGGUGGAGAAACUGGAAGAGGCUCAGAAACAACGGGAGGAACAGAGAGAAGAAGAGAUGAGAGAAGAGGAGGCGCGAAGAGAGAUGGAGGAGAAGAGGAGGGACGAGGAGAAGAGGACGGAGGAGGAGAACAGGGAGGAGGAGAGGAGAGAGGAAGUGAAGAGAGUGCACAGGAGAGCGAUGCAGAGUCUGGUGUGUGAAUACAGCAGCUGUCAGGCAGAGCUACAGACUCGCAUAGUGGCCCUGGAGACAGAGCUACGGGAGCGUGAGGAGAGGUGCAGGAGGAGGGAGGUUCCUCUCAGUGAUGAUCUCCAGAUGGGAAGACUCCAGGAGAGACUCACUGAGAGGAACCAGCUCAUCAAACGCCUGGUGGAGAAGGAGGAACACUCCUGCAUCCAUCCUCCGGUUCCGGGGGACCCCACCCUCAGGCUCCAUGACUCCACCCCGGGACGUUACACCCUAUGA